AUGCGCGCAGCGACCGUCGCAUUCGUUUUCGCUCUCACCGCGCCGUACCUCGCUGAGGCGUCCCCCGUCCCCUUUCCCUCCCGCUCCAGUCAUGACCCACAUCCUCCCACCACCAAAGAACGAGAUUCUACGUUGGCCGAGGCCGCCAUCGUCGGCACCAUCUCCCUCCUCCAGUCGGCGCUGCGGGGCACAUCAGACGACCCACGCGCCCCACCAGAUCGGAGAUGGCCACAGCUCGGCGCCGCAUGGUUCGACCCCGCGCAACAGCUCUACCGCCUGCCGGAGGGCUACGUAGUCCUCCGCCAGACAAUGAGCCCUGGUUUCAUCGUGCUCUCGUACCUCAUGUCGCUCGUCGGAGCGCUAUGCACCCUCGAGCUCCUCAUCCGCCGCACCUCGAACCGCGGUAUCUCCAAUGUCCUCCUCCUCGCAUCUGCGGGCAUCUGCUUCGGCGCAGUCUCGACAUUCGCCAUGCACUUCGUCGGUAACCAGUCGUUGGCGCUACACCACCCCAAACAGCUCGAGGACCCAUCGUACCCCGAUAUCCACCUCUCCUACCAGGGCGGCUACACUGUCCUGUCUCUCGUCGCAUCGUGUCUCGCCAUGACCUUCGCAUUCUUCGUCAUGGGCACAGACAUCCGCGUCUCUCAAUGGAAGCAGUGGUGGUACUCGUCUGGCUCGUCUACGGCCGGCAGCGACCGCAAGCUGCGCCGCACACCGACAAGUCCCAGCUGGAAGCUCCACAAGGCCAAAGCCAGCGUCAGGUCGGCCAACGUCGCUACCAUUUUCCACCAGGCCGGGAUGAUGCCGUCCUGGUCCCUCGACGGGCCAAGAGGCCGACAUUCGAACGGUGGAUGGAAAGACCUUAUGCCAUGGCGCUCGGCGAGGCGGCCAUCGAACCCCCUGGCCCCGCAGACAUAUGACACGGAUGUCGAUGAGGACACACUCAUCCGUCAGGACAAGGAGCUGAACGAACUCGACUUCCGCCACGGCCGCUUGGCAGUUCGUGACGAGCUCGACCGCCGAGCGCUCCAUGUCGGGACGCUGCAGGAUUCCGAUGCUGGUUCACCAGUCUCGCCCGUCUCGCCUCUCCUGUCGCAGCAGACACAGCUCCAGCUGUCCCCACUCGCACCGUUCUACCCCGCCGGGCCGCAGGCAACGCCGACCUACCGCGCUCCAUCGCCGACUUUCGACCCGGGGUACUCGUUCCCGCCUAGAGACUCGACCACCAACUUACUCCCCCACCACGAGCCAGUUCCACCGCCACUUGCAAGCCUGGCCCCGAUGGCCGGUCGCGAACCCGCCGUUAUGCAGAGCGGCCGUCGUGCUUCCCUCCCGGCCAUCACCACGCCGUUUACCCCGCGUAUUGCGCAGACCCUGUCUAGAAUCCAGAGCCUCCCUGAGCCGGAUCCAGAUGCACCUACAACGCCCAACAUUCUCCAAGACGCCCAAUUGCCCCACGCCGACCUCGCCGAGCCGCCCUCGAACACCCAGUCCAAGGUUACCUGCUCGGCUACCACGUCGUCCUCGGACGCAGCGACCGGUACAACAGGGGACGAGUUUGAUUCCGAUGCUCUCUACGAUGAGGAGGGCGAGCUCAAGAUCAAGAAAGUCGGGUGGCGCGAGCGUCUUCGCUUCAAGAUUCAGGCAGGGCUUCCGCUAACCCGGCUCGAGCAGGCGCAGCGGUUCCUCGGACUCGACGUGGUCACCUGGACCGAGGUCUUCAAGAUCUUCGUCACGGGCAUGGUCGCGGGCUGGGGCGUCGCUGCGAUGCACUACAUUGGCCAGGUGUCCAUCAACGACAUUCCGUACAUCGGAUACAAGGUCGGAUAUGUGGUCGGUUCGGUCAUCAUCGCAUCCAGCGCGGUCAUCAUUGCGCUGUACAUCAUGUUCAUCAUGCUCCGUCCUAAGCUCAAGCAUUCGUGGCUGUCCAAGAUUAUGGUCGCCUUCAUCCUGGCCCUCGCCGUUUGUGGGAUGCACUACACCGGCAUGCGGGGCACGAUCUACGGAUGGGAGAUGGACCGGCGGCCAAACGCCGCGACGUCCAUGAGUGGGACGAAGCGGGCCAUCACGGGCAUUGUCGCCGCGCUCGCUUUCGUGGCGUGCCUUGGUGUGGCGACGUUUAUCGUCAUGAACUCGAUCCGCGACCGCAAGGAGCGUGCACGGCGCCACCGCGUCGUCGUUGCGUCCGUGCUCCUCGACGACCAGGACCGCAUGUGUGUCAGCGCGAUCGACGGUAUGUUGCCUAUGUGCGACAUUGCGUCGCUUAGCCCUGGCGACGAUGGAACUAAGAAGAGAGCGCUCAACGAGACGGCGUCCUCCAUCGAGUCGAGCGGCCUUGGCGUCGAUCUCACCACCCAUAACGAGGCGUUCCUCCAGGCCAUGAAGAUGUCAUGGUCUUGGCGCAACCCGUUCUGGUCGUCACUCAACCCGUUUGCCUCGGCGUCCGAGAUAGUCGGCACGAAUGGGCUGGAACUCGCCCCUUCGCCACUGCCUGUCGCGGCGGCCCAACUCCCAACGCCGCCGUCUACGCCUCUGCAACUGCAACACCGGGGCUCUAUCGCAACGGACGCCACGGCAUCCCAAUCCGUCAUCUCGGGCAUCUCGGUGGUGACCAAGCUCAACAUUGCGAGAUUCCUCGAGAAGUUCGCAGUGUCCGCGACCCAGCUCUCAGUGCGCCUCACCGGCAAGCAGGAGGGCCUUAGUCGCCUAGGCGUGCUGUACGACAAGAUCCUUACGACUGGCUGGGUGCGUCUGCGCAACGGCAAGGACACAGUGUCCAAAGGCCAGUUAAUCUUCCUUGUUCGCCGCGUGACGUCGGACGAGGAACGCUCAGACCUGCUGUCGCGUCACUUCAUCUUUGCUGACGCGUCGUCGGUCGCGACGUCGCUGCACAAGACGCUGAGCACGCCGUUCGACGGCGUUCUAUCCUUACUCGACGACAUGCGUACGUUCUGCGACCACACGAUGCGCAUGUCGUUGCGCCCGAACACACUGUAUGCCGGUGUAGCCGUGGUGCAGGCGACGCCGUUUGAUGGUCUGCGCAUCCUGCUCAACAGCGAGGACCGCAGCCAAAUCCCCAUGCGCGAGGUGUGCACAUUCUCGACGCUCCCCGGUUUGCCGGUGGACGUGGCGGAUGGUCUGGCCGGCACGCUGCAGGAGAUCGGCCAAGCGGUGACGUGGCUUGAUGGAAUGUCACUGCUGAGCGUAAUCACGCGCAACAUGUCGCCCGAGAACGUGCCGCCACGUGUGGCACGUCUCCUCGCGGCCCUCGAGAAGGCCAUCGUGCCCAUCCUCGACAAUCUGCUCUCCCAGGAAGACAUGGCGUAUAUUCUCCCUCGCCUAACGCUGCACCCAGUGCUUGUGCCACUCACGCCCGCAUCAGCCGGGCGCACCGGCAGUCCCGGCUGGGCGGCACCCCACAUAAUCGUCUUCUACGCCAACUACGACGUUACUGUCACCUCGUUCGCCGACCAAUGGCACCCCUUCUCCCUCUUCCGCGCGCAAAACAGCUGCGUCAUGGCCGGCGCCAUUGACCGCAUCUCGCGCGCUGCGGCCUCAGUCCCCGAACACAACAUCUACGCCCGCCGGCCCUCCAAGGUUCAAUUUGAGGAGCCCGCAUUCGGCAACUACUCCUUUGCCCGCGACGAGUGGAGUCCCCUCGCGGCUAGCCGUGAACGCCAGCCGCCCCGCCGUUCCAGUCUGAGCAAGACGCCGGCGCGCGAAACCGAGUCGAACGACAUAAGCGGUAUCGCGGAAUGGGAACCUAACUGGCUCAUCAAUCUUUUGCGCGCGCGACUGCGCGCUGACGCUUAG